AUGUCUUCCGCCAUUUGCAGAAAAAGCAUCGACAGCACCAUGUCAUACUUCGCCGUCAGUAUGGGCAGGGCGUCCGUCCAGAACAACGUCUCCCUCUGGACGACCCUGUCCCAGUGCUACGGCGAGGUCGCCAAGACCUUCAACCUCCAAGACCCUGAGGGCAUCCUUUCGACGCCAGACAGCAUCUCCAAGGUCGUCCAUGCGACCUUUGACCAUGACGAGCACGGCCUGAUCGAGCGGGAAUCCUCCUCCAUGGCCAACCACCUCGACGAUGCCACCAAAGCGCACAUGCUCGCCCAGGCCGUUGCCGGCACCGUAGCCUUCUUCCGCGAGCUCGCCUCGCAUCACCAGCACGGCCCCGUCACGCAGGCCGGCUUCGACCGCGAGGUCCACCGCUUCGCCGGGUGCGAGCUGCGCUCGGCCAUGGUCCGCACCAUUGCCGAGAGCCGCCUGUUCGGCCGCUGCUACACCAAGAGCCAGAUCGCGGACCUCAUCGCAGCCGCCGUCGAGGGGAAAGUCAACGGCGCCGAGUUCGCGUCCGAGGACGAGUACCAGAACGCCAUUGGCUGGGCGACAGAGCUGCCCGCGCGGAACAUGGGCCUGCCCUGGGGUUUCUCCAUCAUGGCUCUCAACUAA